AAUGUUACUGGCAUUUCAGUUGGAUCUGGCUUAGCGUCAGCAUGUGAUACGUUAAUGUCUCAGUCAUUUGGAGGCAAGAACUUGAAACGAGUGGGGAUCAUCCUUCAGAGAGGAAUUCUUAUUUUACUACUGUGUUGUUUCCCUUGCUGGGCCAUCCUUAUUAACACUGAACAAUUACUCCUGCUUGUCAAACAGGAUCCCGAAGUGUCCAGAUUGGCCCAAGUUUAUGUGAUGAUCUUUAUUCCUGCUCUUCCUGCAGCAUUUCUAUACCAGCUUCAGACAAGAUAUUUACAAAGUCAGGGCAUCAUUUUACCUCAGGUCAUUACUGGAUUUGCUGCCAAUAUUAUCAACGUGGGUCUGAAUGCCGUUUUCUUGUACGCACUGAAGCUUGGUGUGGUAGGAUCUGCCUGGGCCAACACCACUUCUCAGUUCACUCAGGCUAUUCUUCUCUUCCUCUACGUGAGGUGGAAAAAGAUGCAUGUUCAGACCUGGGGAGGCUGGUCUUUUGAGUGCUUCCAGGAAUGGGACGUCUAUAUUAAGCUGGGCUUUCCCAGCAUGAUCAUGCUAUGUAUUGAAUGGUGGACCUUUGAAAUUGGGAGUUUUCUGGCAGGACUGAUUAAUGUGGCGGAACUGGGAGCCCAGGCUAUCAUUUACCAACUGGCCAUAGUGGCCUACAUGGUGCCACUUGGCUUUAGCGUAGCUGCCAGUGUCCGAGUGGGCAAUGCUCUGGGUGCAGGAAAUGCAGAGCAGGCAAGGCUGUCUUGCAUCACCGUGCUGCUCUGCGCAGAGAUUUUUGCCGUCCUGAUGGGGAUCUUACUCUCAACCUUGAAGGAUGUGGUGGCUUAUAUAUUUACCAGCGACAAAGAGAUAGUUUCCUUGGUGAGUCACGUGAUGCUGAUAUUUGCUCCCUUUCAUGUGUUCGAUGCAACUGCUGGUACCAGUGGUGGAAUAUUGAGAGGAACAGGCCAACAAAAGAUUGGUGCUAUCUUAAAUGCUAUUGGUUAUUACGGAAUCGGUUUUCCCAUUGGAAUAUCCCUUAUGUUCGCUGCCAAACGUGGCAUAAUAGGGCUUUGGACUGGAUUGAUAGUGUGUGUCUUCUUCCAAACCCUUUUCUUCUUGAUAUUCAUUUGGAAGAUAAAUUGGAAGAAGGCUGCGGAGCAGGCCCAAGUCCGGGCUGGACUGAAAGGGAUGACAGAUAAUGGGAUCCCCAGAGCAGCUUCAGCUAAUGAAACACUCUCCCCUGAAUCAGAAGCCUGUGAUGCUGUGGUUUUGCCUGAUGUCAUUAGGCCUGAGAACCAGACGAAUCAUCUAGUGAUGGAAGAGUCAUGUCUCUGUACCAUUAAUACAGUUGGAGCGGUUUUGACAGUGAAAGAGCUUAUCUUUUGACGUGGGAUAGUUUUGGCCCUGGGCGUGGUCAUCUUGUUAGCGGGAAUUUUGAUCAGGCUUUUAACAGGCAAAGGCUAAAGGUGCCUAUCGCCAAUCUGAUGCCAGAAGAAAUGUGGAUUUUAGGCUGAACAGAGAGUCACCCAGAGGUCUGGGCACUGCUAAGAGGGGAGAGAAGACUUGGCCUCAUGCCCAUCUGCUGAGAUGAGAAAACUUGCCUCCAAACCUUACAUUCUCUUGGUCAGCAGAGACCCUGAAGCACCUGUUUAAGAAUCGAGAAAGCAGUUAAAAAUGUCGACUCAGGAUGUUCUUAAUCCUACGUAUCCUACUCUUAACCCUCUUCUCCAUUUUAAAGUGUGCAUUUUAUGUCCUCUUCCCUUUCCUUUUUCCAGAAAAGCAUUUCAGUUUUCUUGUGAAACGUUACCUCUCAGUCCAGGGAGUAAUUUAGGAGCUACACAGGGCUAUAGUGUAUCCUCUGCAUUACUCUUUGCAA